GUUCCUGUAACGUUUUGUACGUUAACUGUAAAUAGAGAUACGUUGGUGCAAGAUGCGCUCGCAGAUGCGUUGCAAAAUUUUGGCCUCGAUCCUAGCACCUGGAACAGGUAUAACCUCAUUGAAGUAUCACUGGAUCGUGGAGUAGCCGAGCGAACAUGUAAUUUUCAAGAGAACAUGUUGCAACUUGUUCGAAAUCUCCGCAAGGAUUCCUUACGUCGUUAUCACGUUGUACGGUUUUAUGUACAAGAAAAGGAAGAUCCGCAUGAUCAUGCGGUAUUCGUUGGGAAUCUUCCUGUAUCGCUAGCGCAACGGCAGUAUGAACGUAUACUUCUCAAACUAUUAGGAGCCAAAGGUAUACUUUACAGUUACGUUACAAUUUAA